CGCCAUUGGUCGGUGAGCGCACGUUUUCUAAAACUCUUCCGGCAUCGCUUCGUGAGGAGACCAGAGAUGACAGAAAGAUAAUUUUCGAUGUGGAGCAGAUUUUUCAGACCUGCUGUGAUCAGUCAUAGUGUAUGGAGGAGUCUGUUCACCAUGCGGCUGAAGACUAGCGAGUUCAAGUCUCUCUUCACUGAUGGGCUGAAUGGAAUAGCAGAGCUGUUUGAGAAGCACCAGUACGAGCUGCGGAUCGCUGGCGGCGCUGUGCGGGAUCUGCUGUCCGGGAAACGGCCUGAAGACGUGGACUUUGCCACCACAGCCACUCCGGAGGAGAUGAAGCGCAUGUUUCAAGAUGCUGGAAUCAGGUUGAUCAACAAUAAAGGAGAGAAGCACGGCACCAUUACCGCACGGUUGCACAAUGAGAACUUUGAGGUGACCACUCUGCGAGUGGACGUUGAGACGGAUGGCCGGCAUGCGGAGGUGGAGUUCACCACCGACUGGCAGAAAGACGCCGAGCGCAGAGACCUCACUAUCAACUCUAUGUUUCUGGGGCUCGACGGAACGCUAUACGACUAUUUCAAAGGCUACGAAGACCUCCAGAACCACAAAGUCCGGUUCGUCGGCAGCGCUGAGCAGAGGAUAAAAGAAGAUUACCUGAGAAUACUGAGGUAUUUCAGGUUUUACGGCAGGGUGGCUUUAAAGGCCGACGAGCACGAGCCCGAGACUCUGACUGCCAUCAGGGAAAACGGCCGAGGGCUGGCAGCCAUAUCAGGAGAAAGAAUCUGGGUGGAGUUAAAGAAGAUGGUGGUGGGGAACCAUGCUGCUCAUCUGCUGGAGCUCCUCUACGACCUGGACUUAGCUCAGUACAUCGGUUUGCCUCCAGAUGGCGGCGUUGACGAGGUGAAGCGCGUAUGGGGGAACGCCAGCGCCCACUCUCCCAAACCCAUGACGGUCCUGGCGGCCCUGUUCCACGGCCCGGACGACGUGGACAGGACGGACCUGCGGCUGAAGGUGUCCAGGGAGGAGAAGACGCUGGCUCUGUUCCUGGUCAAGCACAGGCGGACGCUCCGCAAGAGCGACGAAGAGCCAGACGACCUCAGACCUUUCACAGACUUUAUUAUUGAUAGCCGGGAGCCGGACUCUCAGAGCAAAGUGUGUGAGCUGCUGAAGUAUCAAGGUGAGGAGAAGCUGCUGGCGGAGCUCCAGAGGUGGUCGGUGCCUCGCUUCCCCGUCAGCGGCCACGAUCUGAGGAAGAUGGGCGUCGCAUCGGGGAAGGAAAUUGGCACCAACCUGCAGGAGCUCCGUGACAUCUGGAAGAAAAGUCGAUACCAGAUGGAUAAAGACGAACUGCUGAGUCAUGUGAAGCUUUGAAUAAAACAGCAACUGGUUGCCAUGGUGGUUUAAAUAGCCGCGCUCAAGUGUUGUUUAAGGUGUUCUCUUUAUUUUAGACAAAGGGGGAAAAAAACUCAAAGGGUUUUUGUGUUUAACUGCACUGCAGCCAGAUACUGUAUGGUUAGAGUAGCUGCAGCAUGUUGUGAAUAAGGACACUACAAAAGGAAGACGUGUGUAUGCACUUUUCAUUUUCAUUUCGAUUCAAAUCUGCAGAGGCAGCACUUUGGACAGGUAUAUUUGGCUUUGCAGCUGUCUGCUUUGAAGUUUUUCUUUAAAAAAAAAAAAAGGCUGAUGCUUAAACCCUUAUUUUACCACCUGUGUGUGAAGACAAAGCGUAGCUGCACGGAUUUUUGCCGGUGGAAUAAAAUGCUUCGUCCAGUGCCUUAUACAAGUAUUCACACCCUUUGAAAUUUUUAAUAUUUUGUCAUGUUGGAACCACAAACUCCAGUUGAUCUGUAUAUGAUUUCAUGUUAUAGGCUGACAAAAUAAUGUUGGAUUGUUUUAGAGUGGAAGGAAACUCCACUCUGCUGCUUCUAGUUUUCAAAAUUAUUUAGCUAGAAAUCAACAUGUAAAUGCUGUACUCUUGCUGAUUAUUAAAAUAAGGAUGUUAUUAUAAGAAUAACCCAAAAGUUUCUGAUUUUUAGUUUUGUUUGCCAGUAUGUUUCCACCACCACUUGUGUGAUUUAUCAUUUUGGCCAAUAAUGUAAAUAGUGUGAAUCGAGGCCUGUUGAAAGUCAAUCUAACAGGCAAAAAAAAAAAAAAAAAUGUAUUGCC